AUGGCCGACCCCGAGUGGGUGACGGCGACACAGACUGCGCUCGGGCCGUUGAUCAAGCGACCCAAGCUGACUGCGGCGCUGCUGAGCAAACCGCCCUUCCGCUUCCUGCACGACAUUGUUUCUGAGGUGACGCGCGCCACGGGCUUUGCCGACGGCCUCUUCUCUGAGGACGAGCUGCAGUCGGGCCGCAUCAAGGAGAAGGAGCUCAAGAUUGCAUACCUCUCCAAGAUCUUCAAGUGUGUGGAGGUCGCGUCGGGAGGGGCCCUCGGCGUCCGCCCGGGCAAGGUCGUCGCUGGCAUGGAGCCCGAGAACACGAACGCGUUUCUGGUGGCUCUCGCGCGCGUCGCAACCAGCGGCGUGGACAACGCGGGAGUGGUGGCGAGCACCCUUGACGCAAUAGCCGCGUCGGCAAAGUCGUCCCGCUCUUCGCCGCCCGCCUCUGCUCCGCCGGGAGCGGAGGCGAGCGGGGCGGAGCAGGAGGCGAGUUGUCUGCAGCGCCCGAGGCGCAGCCACAGCAGAUGGCCUCCGCGCCACCGCCGCAACGGCUCGAUCCGCCGAGCGGCGGAGAAGACGAGCGGUGGGAAGGCGGUACCGGCCGUCGAGAUUGUGCGCGACGGUGCCGAUGAGGAGGAUGAUGAUACGGUGUUGAUGGUGGAUCCUCUCGGGGAGCAGGUCGACACCACCUCGAUGGACACUGCAGCCAUCGAUGCCCACGCGCACGGCAAGCUGGUGCGCAACCUCCUGGAGGCGCAGCUGGACAUGGAGGGUGCUAGGCGGGCUCGUCUGGCGCGUGCCCAGUCUGGAUCGUACUUUACGAAACGUGCGUCCUCCGCCUCGUUUCACGGUGGCGCCAUGUGUGUUCAUGCGCGGGGGUGCUGGGCACCUCUUCUUCUCUCGUGA